AUGGCGUCUCAGCAUUAGAUUAGACUUGUUUGUUUGUCACAGUAACUUCCAGUGACGAUAGAUGUAACGGUGUCCUCAAAGAACAUGACAGAAGCCAAUAGAUUAUUGCAAGUUGCAGGGAGUGUAAGCUCAGAUGAUUCCAAGUCAACUGCAGUGUCAGCGCUCUCUUCUGUUGAUGCAACUGGCACAAGCCCUCUGCCAAACAUUUACAAUGUGACAGGGGCUGAUGAAGGAGUUGCGUCUCAUAGGAAAAUAAGAGCUGAUGAUCUUCCUUCUAAAAAACUUCAAUUCUCCCAAUGGCAUGAACUACGCAGGACUGAGGUCAAAGGUAGCCAGCUGAAGGCUCCCAGGGUUCGUCGAGGUCCACCUGAUCGAGAUCGGGCAUUUUACGAACUGACCGAUGAGGACAACGAGAAAAUUCACCAUGACCUCCGUGGUGGACCUCGGCAAAAGCAAAGGGAUUUCUUGGAGGACUGGGAAACAACAAAGAUGGCGAGUUUUACGAGGCAGGAGCUGCAUCAUGGCUACCAGAAGCCUAACCUUGGUCGAAUCCUAGGACGACUCAAGUCUGUGGUGUACCUCAACCUUCAGGACAAUGAACUGCUUGACCUCUCCUCCUACAGUUUCCCAUGCUGCGAGUACAUCAAUGUGGACUCCAACUACCUGACAUCUCUCUCUCAACUUCCUCGCCUCCCACGUGUGCGCUACUUGACGAUGCGAGACAACGAUCUGAACACGCUGAGUGGACUGUCAGGCCUGGCAUCUGCUCCGCUAGAGGAGUUGCAUUUAACUGGCAACCCAGUCAGCUUCCACAUCGGCUAUCGCUACAUGGUGUUCCAGGCUCUCCCCGCUCUCAAGCUCUUGGACGGCGUCGCGAGACAGGAAGAAGAUCUGACACCUCCGCAAGGGAUGGAGGACAAUAUAAAGGAUCGUGGCUGUGUUGUUUGUUGAAGGAAACAGUCAUGCAUUUCUCACCUCGUCCAAAGGAGGCAAAUUUCACUGUCAUCAUGAUAGUGAAGAAAUUCUUGAAGAAAAUGUGAUUUUUUUGGCUCAUUUGAUUUAUAUUUUGAAAAAUUGUGAUGCUUGUUUACAGUUUUGACAAUUUUGGUAUCUGUUUCUAUAUAUUAAAAAUAUUUGCUACAUAUUUAUGUUUUUUUGUUUUUUUUGGUAAUUGAUUUUUUUUUCUUUUUUCGGCGAAUGUUUAUAUUUUUCCGACUAUGUCUAAAGACAAUGAUCAGUUAUUUCUUACUUUGGCAUUUUACAUUAUGUGAUUUAAUAUAGAAAUGAAAACUUGAAUAGCCAGUAAUGUGCAGUUAUUUUAUGAAGAAUGGCCAUCGGACAGGGGGCUCUGGUUUGACUCUGUGUAAGUACAUAGCUCUCUCUCACAUUUCCUGAAACGUUAUAUCUCGACCGAGUUUCCUGAUGGGGAACCCAGUGCCAUGCUUUGCUUUUAAAACUGGCUUGAAUUUUGUUUGAAAAUUGACUGUUUCGAGUAAUUUAUAUUUAUAAUUCACAUUGACAUAUGCCGCCUUUUGAUAAGACUUUCUCAAUGAAAGCCUCCAAAAUGUUCUUCAUGGAUCUGUCAGUGCUGCUACUGUCGGAGGACAGAAAAUCUCCUAACUACAGGCAAUUUCAUUUUCAUCUUUUUACAGUGUAAUGAUUCAGUAAUUUUGUGUUGCAAUAAUCUUAUGUUGCAAUGUUUUUGUUCAGUAUAUGAACUGUUUAUCAACGACUAUGGUUUAUCUGCUUGUGAUAUGUUUUUGAGUACCAGUACCAGUACUUUUUUUUUCAUUUUAUGUUGUACUCGGGGAGAGACGCUCAAAUGAUUUUGAAUUGACUUGGAAAGAAAUAGUACAAAUGACACUUGCCGUGAUAAGACUUUGUACGUCCAUGUACACUUUGCAGUUUUGUUAGGGAGAAGUGCUCAAUGGUUUUAUAUAUUAACUCUUAAUAUACAGGUUAUUCCACCUUUGAACACAGGCAAUUUUGUCAUCCAAUUUUUCAGCCAUAGUUUCUUUUAAUUCUGCUCCUAUUAAACCUUUUUGCAUAAAAUAAACACAAACUUAGUAAUAAUGAAUGAUUCUUGUAAUAAACAUACAGAUUUAUUUGAGAAAAUAUUGAUUUGCUGGGGUUUUUGUAGAUUUUAUUUUGCUGUGACUGUAAACAACGGAGAGAUACUCUGCUGGCUGAACCUGCUCGCAGUAAACUAAGAGUUAGUAUUGUUUGAAAUAAUACAAAUUUGGCUGUUUAUGUUGUCGCUAUUGUUUUAAUUGUUGUUAUCAUUUUUGUUGUUAUUGCUGAACUAGCAUUGCACAGUCUUAUGGCGUUUAAUACAAUAUCAUGAUGUGCUUGUCAGAUUUUUUUUCCCCUCUUAGAUAUGGACACUUCUACUGGCUAGAUAUGCUUCUUCAUUAUUGUUUUCCUCAUUGAUCAGUAAUGGUUUGAAAUAUCCUCUUGCCUGUACUAUAACUUUACUGUACCCUCAUAUCCCAAAUCUUAAUUCUUUUCAUAACAUUUGGUGGGCCUAAUAUGCUUGUAGCUUGAGACCUAUCAUUUGUAUUUAUCUUGCUAAAAAUUCUAACAUGUGAAAUAUUUCAAACUAAACUUGCCACAACAAAGCAGGGAAUAGGCUUAUGACUUGUAAGAGUUGACUGCUUUCUUCUCCCAUGGAGUAUGUACAGAGGGACUGGUCUAAAGCCUGACCUGAGUGUCAAACUGGUCCUAAAAGUAAUGGUAUCAGGUUUGGUGUGUUUUAUGUAUGAAAAGGGAAGGGACGGAGAGAGGGAGAGAGAAAGGGAGAGAGAAAGGGAGAGAGAAAGGGAGAGAGAGAGAGAGAGAGAGAGAGAGAGAGAGAGA